AUGAUAAAGAAGACACCGGACGGCGACGACUCGAACGUGUUACAGGAGCAAAUAGCUCUUGUCUCAACCAAUGUCAAGAUCUGGACCUUAUACCGCUAUGCUACUAUCCUUGACUAUGCUUUUCUCUUUGGGGGAACCAUUUGUGCAAUUUUGGGAGGUGCGGCCUUGCCAUUAAUUUCUGUCAUAUUUGGCAAACUGGCGGGUAUUUUCCAAAACGCGUACGGGGGUGAACUGACAUCUGACGAGCAGCUUGUCAAGGUUACACUAUCCACGCUGAGCCUCAUCAAGGUCAGAGAGCGCCUAAGCUGUCAAAUAAGCGAGCGCUUCCUUGAGAGUUAUUUGUGGCAGAACAUUGGCUUCUACGAUACCAACAGCGUCGGAGAGAUCACUACUCGGAUUACUGCAGACACGAAUCCUGUCCAAGAAGGAAUCUCGGAGAAGCUCGCGCUGAAACUUUCAGCGAUAGCCACCUUUACCAGUGCCUUCGUCAUCGGCUUUGUUAUGUACUGGAAGCUCACACUGAUCAUGUGCUCCAUGGCAGUGGCCUUGCUAGCUAUCAUGAACAUCAGCACCCGCUAG